AUGGGAAUCAAAGUUUAUGCUGAGAAAGAUUUUAAAGGUCAAGAAAAGGAUUUAGGGGAGAGUAUGAUCGAUCUAAGAUUGGCUCACAUUGGUGUUAAAUUUGAUAUAAAGUCUGCUGCUGUUUCUGGAAAUCCCUGGAUUGUUUACAGCCAGGAUAGAUACAAGGGAUUCCUGGCCUGUCUAGAGGAAGGAUUGUAUCCAAAUCUGAACAAUCUGCAGGGUAGUAUAGUAUCUAUGAAGUGCAAGGAUAUUAAGAAGACAGUACCACAUGCCAUACUUUUCAACCCAUCAUCAUUCAAAGAUAAUAGUCAGUGGUGGAGCAUCCAAAGCCCAGAGAUAAUCAGCAUAGCCAUUGGGGGAGCUGGGCUGUGGGCCAUCGACACUAAAAAUCAGGUACAUUUCCGUAAAGGGACUGGGUAUGAGAAAGGAUUUGAAGGGAGGGACUGGAUCCUAGUUCCUGGAAGCAUAAAGCAGAUUUCUGUUGGGGACAAUGUGAUCUGGGGCGUGAGCACAGAGAAUCAAAUCCUUGUGAGAACACAGCUCUCUGAAAGCAAUCCAUUAGGAUCUGACUGGGUGCCGCUUGGCAAUGAUGGCGGAGAAUUAAAGAUGUGCUCGGUUGGACCUGGAGGUUCCAGCUGGGCCAUCAACAGUAAAAACAAGAUCCUGUACCGGGCUGGUGCCAAAUCAUCCAAUCCGAUCGGGACCAAGUGGCAGGAGAUAUCUGGACAGCUGAUCCAUAUCAGUGUUGGCAAAGCUGGAGUUUGGGGCAUCACGCCAGAGCAUCAGGUGUUGUACAGAGACGGUACAUAUGGAUUAAGUCAAGACUCUGAGAGCUCUGCGUGGACUAAGGUUGAUGGACAAAUGAUUUGGAUAUCUAGCGGGGAUGAUAUUGUGUGGGCAGUAUCAGCAUCUGGAGCUAUUUGGUACAGAGCAGGGAUUAAUUCAAGCAUGCCAUUUGGGAGCAAUUGGUUUAAAAUCAAUCUAGAGAACCAACAUAGCCAGCAGUGGACCCAGAUCGAAUCUCAUGGAAGAUCUCUGAUUGGUGUAACUGCUGACAAAACUAUUAUCGGAAAUGAUUACGUGACAGCAAAUGAUUUACUAAAUGGAAAAUAUGCUAACAUCUAUGAGGAAUCUGACUGCUUCUCAAGCUUUAAUCUAAACCCAUUCCCUAGCAGCUCUGAAAUCUUAUCCGGAGCCUGGAUAAUCUACAGUGAUAACAACUUCACUGGAACCUGCAUGUAUCACUUUGACGAUGAAGUUAUCAGCAAUGAUCCUAAUGUUGAUGGGGAAGACUUUCUAAAAUCUUGGGAAACCCCUAUUGGAUCCCUUCGGCAAAUCCAUGGUGGUAAUUAUAACCAUCAUCAGGUUGUGGUCAGUGUAGAUUGGGAAAAUGUGAAUAUAUCAAGCGAAUGGUUCACUCUGAAAACUCUAGAGGACGAGAACACUACUGAGGAGUUUACUAAUCCAAUUUGGAACAAAAUUGAGGUUGUUAAUGCCCAGGUGGAACAUAGGUUUCAACUUAGCGAUGGUUCUCUUGCACCCAAGUAUCAAGUGUUCUCUCUCGACAAUGUUCCUAAAGUAAACUUUAGUUACACAGAUGAGAGCGGGAAAAUAGACAGUAAAUUAGACUUCAGACAAGAGUUAGGUGGCAGGUUUACCUUUGAUAUGAAUGGUCUAGCUGAAAGAACAAGAUCUAGAACUGAAAAUAUCCGUCUUCCACCAACUCUUCCUCCACAGACUAGACUCAAGGUGUCAAUUAUCUGUCAGAGACUUAUCAUUUCUGCUACUUUCACAGCUCUAUUCACCAGUGGAGGAAAAUCUUGGUCCAUAUCUGGAGAAUACAGAGGCAAAGACGAUACGAACCUCAAACUAAAGAUGGAAGAUACAAUAUUCGUUUAAAGAUAAUAAUUUGUAAGAAAUAAAACAUUUAUCAUGUUUUUAAUUUCAUUCACUGGCCAUCCAUUAAACAAUUGAGAAUUGCGAAAAAGAUAUUUUUCUCUUUAAUUUAUGGAUUUGCAAAAUAUUAACCUUUCAUACAGUGUUUCCAUAAAUGAAAGGAAUUGAGUUUCUGCCAUUAACUCUGAUUUUCUAUUUCUUUUCUAACCGAAGUUGUAGACCUUAGAUAUCUUAAAUUAUGAAUACUGUCGGAUCAAAUUUGAAAUCUGAUUUUAAACCAAAUAUGAAAAAAAAACUGUAUUUGUUUAAUAUUGUUAUAAUUAGUUCUUGUCUCCGAUGUUUGUAUAAAAAGCCAGGUCAGCCCCUUUUAAUGUAUGUAAUCUAUAUAAAGUAGGUUUAUUUCACGGGGUUUAAACCGUUCCAGGGAUAAAUGGGCGGUGCUUCAGUUUCCCACCCCCGGCCCGCCCAACUCCUUUCAUUUUCUUCUCAACAUUUUCAAAAUAGAAUUUUCUAUUUUGUUUCAAGUCCUUAGUUUAACUGUGAGAUGAAAGGAUUGUUAAGUUAAAUUUUGUAACAAAGCUGAACACUGCAGAACCCUGCCUGAGCUCAUCUUUUCAUUAAUCUCAAGAUUAAUUUAAUCUUCAGUUCGCCCGAAAAGUGUAUAAAAUUCAACCAAUAAAGUGGCGUAUACAGAAUAACGAUCACCCAAUCAGAAUAAAGGAAAUUAAACAUGUU